AUGGGCUUGACAAUAUACGUUAAAUAUCAAGACUGUUCCCUGGAGAUAAUCGCCGGUCCUAGCCUCCCAAAAAUUGAAGCAACUACCGACAUAUUCAUACCCUCGACACCAGUGCUCUUGGGUCAUGGAAUUGACGAGCCGGUGGUGUCCAUCCGACUAGGUCGCCGGGCAGCGCAGAUACUACAGUGGCAAACCGAAAUGGCAUAA